AUGAUUUCUACAAUUGCAAUUGGACUAAGGGCAACAAAUAGCCUUUUGGGUUCAUCCUAUUUUUACUCAGAUACAACUAAAAAGUUCUCCUGCACUGGUGAUCUUGGCUUCACAUUUCUCACUACCAAGAACACACCCACUGCAAAGAAACCAUCCAAAAUUCGGGCUGUUGACUCCGGCGGAUCUCGAAUCAGAAGCGUCAGUUAUUUGAAUGGAAAUAGUUCGCAGUACUUUCCAGACCUAAGCAACAUGACAGGCAUGGAACUAUUGAUAUUCAGAAGCUGUAGUCCAACUGCCAGAAUUCCAGAUUUUUUAUCACAAAUGUCAAAACUGAGGCAUCUAGACCUCGGUUUCAACAAUUUGGAGGUAGAUAUACCAAAUUUGAAAGAAGUAAAUCUGGAGAAAACGUACUUGACUGGCAAUUCCCUGAACGGAAGUAUUCCAGCAUGGAUCAAUGGUGGAGAUACUGCAUAAUGGAGCAGUAUGAUAGAAGACACAAUGACUCUAGGAGCCGAAGCCCUGGCGAGGAUGGACAAUCUGGGCGUUCGAUAAAAUCAAUGGCGAUCAACCUUUCAUCAAACCAGAAGCCAUAGAUGCAGAUGGCGGUUGCAAAUUUAAGGAUCUCACCUGGGAUUCCAAUAUCAAAAUUGAUCAGGAAGGAGUAGGUUGUUUUAAUCUGUUUAUCUUUACUUGAAAAUUUAUCCAAUUACUUGGAGCAAGGACCAUUGGUGUUGCUUAAUCGACUUCUCAAGUAACAAGUGAAGGAUUGCAUCUAAAGGCAUUGAAAAACUGUCUGAUGGUUUCUUAUUUAAUACAUCUUCAAAUAACCAAAAAAAAAAAGAAACCCGCAUCUAAUUCCAUCUAGUUUAAUCAAGUCAUAAAAAUAUACUAGUUCAUGUCAACUCAAAUUUGGUAUUAAUUUGUUGGAUUAAUAUCAUAAAAGUUCUAAGUUUUUAACGUGUAAUUGGAAAACAUUUUUUUAUUAUUGCUAUGAUCACAAUUUUCUCUCAAAAUUAUCAUUUUAGUC